AUGCUUCCUGCAGUGCUGCUCAGCUGUGCCCUGCUGCUGGCACUGCCCCCCAUGCAGGGGGCCCAGAUGGGCCUGGCCCCCAUGGAAGGCAUCAGAAGGCCUGACCAGGCCCAGUUCCCAGAGCUUCCAGGCCUGGGCCUACAGUCCUCGCUGAAAAGGACAACUGCAGAACAGUCAGAAGAAGCUCGGCUGCAGGAGGCCGAGGCCUUGGCAGAGGUACUUGAUCCGGAGGGCCGCGAGCCACGCUCCCCGCGUCGCUGCGUAAGGCUGCAUGAAUCCUGUCUGGGACACCAGGUACCAUGUUGCGACCCAUGUGCCACGUGCUACUGCCGUUUCUUCAACGCCUUCUGCUACUGCCGCAAGCUGGGUACUGCCAUGAACCCCUGCAGCCGUACCUAG